UGCUUUUCGCGUCUGUGAUUGGACGAGCUUCAACCAUCUGACCACGUUGUCCUCUUUUUCUUUUUUUUUUUUUUAAGGCGGAGUGAAAUUAAGGAUACGGAGGCUAACUGACAACCUGGAGGAAUAAGGUUGUAGUAUGGCCUGAGAUUUGACCUAGCGGGACAGUCACUGGGACAACACAUCCAUCGGCUGCUGUCCAUAAUCACCAGAGAGGUGAAAACAGCUAGAGUUAAGCAACUACAGGAAACUUUUCAUACCGGAAGUAAACCUUUGAGGUCGUCAUGGGGAGCAAAGUCAGCUCCAAAAUGGCAGCUCCAGCCGCCCGAGCAAUCCAGGCUGUACGGCCUCAUGCUCCACUGAUCAAGUUUCCCAACAGACAAGUGAUCCCAAAGCCCAAUGCCCAAGAGGCGCUGAAAAUGUUAGCAGUUAACCUUCCAGAACAUAAUGCACCCAGUUCACUGCCUCCGUUAUCAAGACCUCAUGUACCUUUAACCCCAAUCACUGGCACGGCAGACACCCUGGCCUCUAUACAGCUGCUCCCUGCAAGGUACCGCAGGAGACCGUUGUCAGCAGAUGAAAUGGACUACAUCCAGCGUGGUGGACCAGAGUGACAUGAAACUACUCAAUUACUGCAACCAAAGUCCUUAUCUGUUGGUGAUAUGUAUGUGUCUUGAAUUUUGUUCCUCAGCACAAGAGAACCUAAUGCCACAUGAGACAUGAUGUAGAAUAAAAUAUUACAUAAAUCCUGUUAAAAUGUAUAUAUGUUUAUUUUGUUAGAUGUUAAAUCUUUUUUUGUUAGAAGUUCAUACUAAGGGACAUCUCAAUUGCAUUUCACAUACUAAAGCCAUUAAAACAG